GCCCAAAUCAGGAGGAAAGCACGCCAGAUUUAACUACCAACCGAUCUUCUCCAUCUUCCAUGAUUGAUCACAGAGAUCAUAACCAUCAAAAUCAGCAGUAUCAGUGGAAAUCAUCGUCGAUAAUGGCUCAAAAGCCACCACAAAUGGCCAUUAUAGGGGCCGGAAUCUUUGUUAAAUCUCAAUACAUUCCUAGACUCGCCGAGAUCUCAGAGCUCGUCGCUCUUAAAGCUAUUUGGAGCCGUACCGAGAAAUCGGCAAGGGAGGCUACUGAGAUCGCUCGGAAAGUAUUUCCUAAUGUGGAGUGUAAGUGGGGAGAUGAUGGAAUUGAUGAAAUUAUACGGGAUCCGGAUGUUGUCGCGGCUGCUGUUGUUCUCUCUGGCCAAAUUCAGGUGGAUAUGUCGCUUAAACUUCUGAAGGCUGGGAAGCAUGUUCUUCAAGAGAAACCAGCUGCUGCUUCCUGUAGUGAGGUGGAAGCCGCAUUGUCAAGCUAUAGGUUUCUUUCCAACACUCCAUCUGCUCAACCAAUAUGGGCUGUUGCAGAAAAUUACCGGUUUGAGCCUGCCUUCGUAGAGAGCAGAAAGUUGGUGUCUGAAAUUGGAGACAUGAUGAGCGUUCAAGUUAUUAUUGAUGGGUCUAUGAACAGUUCAAAUCCUUACUUCUCAAGUUCAUGGAGGCGAAAUUUAACCGGAGGGUUCGUUCUAGAUAUGGGUGUGCAUUACGUUGCAGGUUUAAGGAUGCUUAUCGGAUGUGAUAUCACUUCUGUGUCAGCUACAACGUCUCAUGUAAAUAUGGAUGUGCCACCACCAGAUAUCAUCUCCUCAUUGUUUCAACUGGAGAAUGGGUGUUCUGGAGUGUUCGUCUUGUUGGUCUCCACAAAAAAUCCAAAGAUUGUGUGGCGAGUUGUUGGCUUGAAUGGGACCGUUCAAGUUGAACGUGGAAACAAAGACGGGCAACCUGGUUACGUGGUUUCUCUAUUUACUGCCAACAAAGAAACGAAAAGCACUUUCUACCCAUACACUGGGGUGAUUGAAGAAUUGAAAACUUUUCUAAGUGACGUUUCUCGGGCUUCUCUUCAGAAGGGUAGUACAUUUGAAGCUGAACCUCGCUGCUCGUAUGCCGAAGGCGCACGAGACAUUGCCGUUUUGGAUGCAAUGCUUGAAUCUGGUACAAAGCAAGGAGCAUCUGUCAAAGUGAAAAACUUUAGGCAAUAACUUACGCUGCUGCGCUGAUAACACCAAGGGACUAAUAGAAGAUAUGAUUAUGAAUAAUGAAUUACCAGCAAAUCACUUAAUAUUUGGAUUAUGAGUUAUGACCAAGUUAUAUUGGAUUUUGAUGAUGCCUUGCAGAUGUUUAAUCCUUACAUAUGGAAUUUGGCCAUUUACAGUAACAACUAUUCACAGGUCA